UCGGUAGGUGGCGGUGCAAUGUGCACUCUGGAGGGCUUGCAAGCGGCAGUGCACUGGUACUGGUAGCCCACGAUUCUCAAGGUCGAUCGAAAAUCGUUGUUCGUGGGCGCAUCCCCAUAUCCUGCAAUAUCUGCUGUCCGUUCUGAGCGUUGUGGUCAAAUUACAUCCGCGAUACGCGUCUGCCAACGAUAAGACGCCCAAAACUGGGGGUUGGGGCCUCCGAUUAUCUGGUCAGUAUUUAAGGGGUACCCAUGGCGGAUGACACCUCAGUAAUCGCUAGUGCUCUGAAGGCUAGCGAUUUUCCGAAAAGCGCAUACGCAAACAGAAUGAGUGCCAAAGUUCUGUGGAUUAUCGCCGUGCUCGUGCUGGUCACCGUAUCGGUGGCCAACGGGCAACAGGGACGCUGCCAAGGUGUGGACAACUUCGGUUACAUCCGCAAUCAGUUCUUCUGCUAUCGGUUCUACCAGUGCAUCGAUGGCAAUCCCUAUCCGCUGCGCUGUCCCGAUGAUCAGUGGUUCGACGAGGAGCGGCAGGUGUGUGACGAUCCGGCCAAUGUGACCUGCGAGCUGGAAGAUCGUCCACCGACCGUUACACCAACGCCCGGUAUUUGCAAUGGCGUCGCGGACAAUCAGUUCGUGCUGCAUCCGUUGUUCUGCAACGAGUACUACCUUUGCGUCGGUGAGAUUGGCUUCCCGAUCAUGUGCCCCGUGGGCCUGUGGUUCGAUCAGACGCGUCAGAUCUGUGGAGAUCCGGCCGAUAUUAGCUGUCCACAUGGGCGACCGGGAGCGGCACGCUGUCGCGAUGAACCCGAGUUCGGACUGGUGCGUAGCGAGUAUGCCUGCUACCGGUACUAUCAGUGUGUGAAUGGAUUCCCCUAUCCGAUGACCUGUCCCGAUGGGCUGUGGUUCGAUGCCGAGCGUGACAUCUGCGACGAGCCGGACAAUGUCGAGUGUGAGUUGCGCCCGGGAACGCCAGCUCCUCCAACGCCAGGCAUUUGUAACGAGGCACCGAACAAUGUUCUGCGUCCGAAUCCUACGGCCUGUAACAAGUACUACGUGUGUGUCGGGGAAAUCGGUUGGUCCAAGUUCUGCCCGCUGAACAUGUGGUUCGAUGAAGCGCGACAGACGUGCACGACUCCCGGAUUUACCAACUGCACGCUGGGACCGGAUCUACCGGCACCACGCCCAGACAAUCCUUGCGACGAUCUGCCCAACCUUUCGUUCAUCCCGGAUGAUUUCUUCUGUUAUCAGUACUACCAGUGCCGCAACGGGUAUCCGUUCCCGCUCAUCUGUCAGGCUGACCAGUGGUUCGAUGUGGAGCUGCAGCGAUGUGCCGACUAUCGUACAGUGGAGUGCCAGGUCGAGGAUGGACCACCGCCGACCAUUAAGCCAACGCCCGGCAUCUGUAACGAUGUCAUCGGCGAACGGUUGGUGUUGCAUCCGCGCUUCUGUAACCAGUACUACGUCUGCUCCGACCAGGUCGGCAUCCCGGUGAUCUGUCCCACUGGGCUAUGGUUCGAUGAGGACACCCAGUCUUGCCGCUCGCCGCUGCUCGUUGACUGUCCGCAUGGAGCAACGCCACCGCCAGAGGAUCCCUACAUGCUGUGUAACGGCGUGGAGGGCUACGGAUUGGUGCGUCAUCCGAACUACUGCUACCGCUACUACCAGUGCAUCGACGGAACGCCCUAUCCGAUGAUCUGCGAAGGUGAUCUGAUCUUCGACCGAGAGCGCCAGGUUUGCGACGAGCAGCAGAACGUCCAGUGUGAGGUUACGCCACCACCGGUAGUGAAGCCUCCGCCCACGGCUGGCAUCUGUAACGAUGCACCGAAUGGUCGACUGGAAGGCAAUCCUCUGUACUGCAACCAAUACUACAUCUGCAUCAACGAGAUCGGUUGGCGUUUGGUGUGUCCUCCCGGACUGUGGUUCGAUGUCGAACGGCAAACCUGCUCGGAAGCGGGCACGAUCGAAUGUGGACUGGCACCGGAGCGUCCUCCGACCACACCCAACCCUUACGCGCCCUGCAUUGGCAUCCCGAACAAUGCGUACGUGCGGGACGAGGCCUUCUGCUAUCGGUACUUCAAGUGUGUCAAUGGAUCACCCUUCCCGAUGAUCUGCCCCGGCGAACAGUGGUUCGACGAGCGUCGCCAGCAGUGUCGUCCUCAGGAAGAGGUUGAGUGCAUCAUUAGCGAACCUCCGCCACGCCCACCUCCGACUGCCGGCAUCUGUAAUGGAGUGUCCAACUCGAUCCAAGUACCGAAUCCGUUCAGCUGCAACCAGUUCUACAUCUGCGUCGAUCAGAUCGGAUUCCCCCAGGUUUGCCCACCGGCUAUGUGGUUCGACGAGGAUCGGCAGACGUGUCUACCAGUGGCGGAAACGAGCUGCGAUCUAGGACCACCGACCACAACCACGAUUGCACCCCAUCCGUGGGGACUGUGCGAUGUUGUGCCCAACUUUAGCUUCGUCCGCAACGAGUACUACUGCUACCGCUACUUCCAGUGCAUUGAAGGACGCCCUUACCCGUUGAUCUGCCCGGGAGAGCAGUGGUUCAACGAGGAGGAGCAGCGUUGCGACGAUCAGGAGAAUGUCCGGUGUAUCGUCAACCCGUCACCGCCCGCAGUACCAGCCACGCCCGGCAUUUGUAACGAUGCGGCUGACGGUGAGAUGGUCCUUAACCCACGUGCCUGCAACCAGUACUACAUCUGUGUGGACGAGAUCGGCUAUCCGUUGCUGUGUCCGGAAGGACUUUGGUUCGACGCCCAGCACCAGCGUUGUGCACCGGCUGCCCAGGUCUACUGUCCGCUGGUCCCACCCGUCACCACACCGGAUCCGUUCGAGCUGUGCGAUGGCGUGCCCGAGGGUGGCUUGUUGCGAAACGAUUUCUACUGCUACCGUUACUUCGAGUGUAAGAACUCGAUCCCGUACCCGAUGAUCUGUCGCGCUGGCCUGUGGUUCGACCAGGAGCGCCAGCUUUGCGAUGCACCAAGCAAUGUGCAGUGCUUCCUGCGCCCUGGACAGCCGGGCCCACCAGUGGCCACACCCGACAUCUGCAAGGACGUAGCCAAUGGACGCUUCACUCGCAACUGGAACUUCUGCAACCAGUACUACCUGUGCGUGGACGAAGUCGGUUACUCGCAGAUCUGUCCCGACGGUCUGUGGUACGAUGAUGAUCGUCAGAUUUGUGAUCUUCCCGAGAACGUCCAGUGUCCGCUUUCCCCGACCACGAUCGCUCCUUCGCCGUGGGAUCGGUGCGCAGGAGUGGAAGAUCUGUCCUUCGUGCCGGACGAUGACUUCUGCUAUCGCUACUAUCAGUGCUUCAACGGCAUCCCGUACCCGAUGAUCUGUCCCAACGAUCAGUGGUUCGACUACCGCCGACAGCUGUGCGACUUCGUGCAGAACGUCGAGUGUGAAGUGCACGAUGUGCUGCCACCGCCGCUGCCAACCGACGGAAUCUGUACCGGACUGUCCAACUCGAUCCAGGUGAUUCAUCCGGUGUUCUGCAACAGGUUCUACAUUUGCGUCGAUCAGGUUGGAUUCCCCCAGAUCUGUCCGGCGGGUCUGUGGUUCGAUGAGUCACGCCAGACAUGCGCCCGUCCGACGGAAGUCGAUUGUCCGAACGGACUCACCACCACACCGUCGCCGAUCGAAGGCAUCUGUGUGGAUGUUCCGGCCGGUACGUACGUCCCGAACCCACUGGACUGUAGCCGCUACUACGUGUGCGUCAACAAUUACCCGUACUCGCUGGAGUGUCCCGGUGGAAAUUGGUUCGAUCGCAACCUGUUGCGCUGCGUGCCGAUCGAUGAGGCGGAAUGUGCCGACACGGUCACGACCGUACCGACGCCGGGCGUUUGUACCGGCCAGGAGGACGGUGUGCGUGUACCCAGCCCGGAAAGCUGUUCGCUAUUCUACACCUGCCUGAAUGAGGUCGGCUCGCCUUCGUUCUGUCCACCAGGACUGUGGUUCAACGAGGAACUGCAGGAUUGCGACGAUCCGGAGAAUGUGGACUGCACGCUGGAACCAUCGACUACUCCUCCACCGAGUGCUGGUAUCUGUGACGGUCAACCGGACGGUCAGUACAUGGCCAGCCCAUAUUCGUGCACGCAGUUCUACGUUUGUGUGAACCAAUCGGGAUAUCCUUCCGUCUGCCAGCAUGGAUUGUGGUUCAGUCAGGCCGCCCAGUCUUGUGUGGAUCCUUCCGAGUCGGAGUGUACCGUGUCUUAAGGUUAAAAGGCUUAAGGGAAUUUUGGGUCAUUUGGAUUAUGCUAUGUUUGUCUACCGUAUUACGAAGCGAUCAAUAAAUGUAACCAUUGCUAGGAGCAUAUUGCCUCGAACGAGGUGCCUUAGCAACGAAUAA